ACUCUCCCACGAGUCCGACGACUUGUUUCGCGCGGACGAGAUGGAGCCACGGCUGCUACACGAGGCGCACACAGUUAUUAACCGUAUAGAAUUGUAUAGAAAUACACAAUAUACAAACAUGUGUGAUGAGAUGCGAUGAUAAGAUAUCCGCGGCUUCUAGACUAUCACGGUGAAAUAGUAGAACAAGACUUCAUUGGUAUUUAUCCAGAUUAUAGAGACAAUUUCUUGGCAACAUUUCCUUUCUUUCGUGCUAAAAAUAUUCUUAGUUACGCCACAGAAUACAGACCCGAUAUCACUAAAAAAACUAACGAUCUUCCCGUUAACGAUGACACUUUACGAGCUCUGAUCGUUCUGAGUCUGCUAUUACUUCCAUCAAAUUCGACAAAAAAGAAUAGUAGAGAAAAAGGCAGAGGAAAUAAUAGCAGGAAAAAAUUGCAAAAAACAUGAGAGUUCUUUCAAUGUUGAAUACCAAAUCCCCAACCCAUAAAAAUUUUGAAGGAACAAAUCUUCCCCAUACUGAGAAAAACUUCAGGAUGGAGGCAAAUGAUUAUAUGCAACCGAAUAUAUUGUGUAUUCGAGGUCAACAACAAACCACUUUCUACAUCCAGGGUAACGAAUGGGUUCUCGUUCUUCCACAUUGGGCAACUCCAAUAAUCGCAUUUGAUCUUUUACUUAAGUUAUACCACGAGCUCCAAGUUUUAUAUCCACCUUCUUCAAACACAUUGUUAAUAAAGUAGCGAAAAAAAUGAAGAAAUGCAUAUACAAAUAAGUCAAAUAUACACUUUUUGUUUUUAUUAUGCUAGAAAAUUUAAAUGUUACACUUUAAGACAGGGAGAUCUUUUCUAGACGAGACAUUAUUUCUAUAUCAACUAAAGUAAUCCAGAAAGGAUAAGUCAAAUUCACGUCAAUUCAACAUUGAUAAAUUGAUAAAUGACCAUGUCGAGUACUAAUUGAUAUUUUGUCUCCUUUGGCUGUAAAAGUAUUCGCAAUAUUCCAUUAACAUGAAACAAUUAUAAUAAAGUAACUUAUAGAAUUGACAAAUGUUAUAUCUUUGAAAUGUGUAACGAAAGGCAUGUUACCUUUUACACAUGUGUAUUGAAAAGACGUUACAGUCUGGAAUGUAUUCUAUAAGAGGAGAAUCCCCUCUUGUGAGAUAGGCUUCUAAUAUGAGAUCAGUGGGAUUUCUGCUAAAUUAAUAUAUUAAUUAUUUAGCAGGAACCCUAUGUCAUAUAAAAAACCCAUCUCAUAAUAAAAUAUUAUUCUCUAUCUGUAUGUAAAUUUUAUAAAAGUGACAUUGUACAAUACAAGACGUGUUUAUAUAUAUAUAUA